AUGUCAAGUAAUUACGGUCCAUCGUCGUAUCUCAAGAAGAGCUCGAAAGCGGAAACUGGAGGGAGUGUGAGCGAGAUUGGUGAGAGUGUGGGCAAGCAGCUGGAGGCGCUAGAUCAGAAAGUGGCAGACAAGACUGACGAGCUACUUCAGGAAUUGGACAAAAUGUCCAACCGGAUAGACGCUCUCAAGUCUUCCACUCAUACCCUCGUCGACGAACCUAUCGACCAACAACAAUGA